AUGUUGCUUCCCCAGCAGACACACCCCAGCAAGGAUCAGGAAAAACGGAAGAGCCAAAAACAAUUAAGAAACCAGGUGAUACAUCAUUCAAAUACACAGAGCAUUUUAAGUGAUGAUUUGUGCAAUAUACGAUCACACGAUUCACAAUCUGUUUUCAUUCAAUUCACGAUACGUUUUCAUUCAAAAUGUUUGUUAGCAGAGAGGGUAUCUCCGAUCACACAAAUAUACAGAUAUAUACAGAAAUCUUUGUGCAAUGUACGAACCAACAAUUCACAAUCCGGAGUUGAAGAAGCAAAGAUUGAGAUAGAACAACCAAGAAAAAGCGAUGAGCAAAGUGCAGGUGAUCAAGAACAGCGAAGUCUCUCCUUACUAAUUAGUGCAAUGCUCAUCCCUAACUAUACCCCAGGAGAAAGGAAGGCUUUUUCCAUUCUUCAUACUCAGUGCACACUGCACAGGCAGUAG